AUGGCAGCGGUACGGUCGCCGGAAGUGCUGGUAAAUGCCUGCACGUGGUGGAUACGGUUCGCGCUGGUGCUGCUGAUUCUGCAAACGUUCGUCGGCGUCGAAACGCUCGAUCUAGAGAAAUGCAAAAACCCAUUAGGCAUGGAAUCGUUCGCGAUUAAUGACUCACAAAUAACGGCUAGCUCGGCACACGACAUCGGCAACGUAGGACCACAACAUGCCAGAUUAAAGGUGGACAACAAUGGAGGCGCCUGGUGCCCGAAGCAUAUGGUGUCCCGCGGCCUAAAGGAGUAUCUGCAGAUUGAUCUGCUGAAAAUGCAUGUCGUCACUGCCAUCAAAACGCAGGGCCGGUUCGGCAAGGGACAGGGCCGUGAGUACACCGAAGCGUACGCGCUAGAAUACUGGCGGCCCGGGUUUACCAAGUGGAAACGGUGGAAAAAUACGCGCGAAAAUGAGAUCCUGUCGGGCAAUAUCAACACCUACAGCGAGGUCGAGCAAGCGCUGCAACCAAUUAUAUUCGCCUCGAAAAUUCGCAUCUACCCGUACAGCCAGUACGAUCGGACGGUUUGUCUGCGCGCCGAAAUCAUCGGCUGCGAGUGGGAAGAGGGUCUCAUCUCGUACAGCAUCCCGAAAGGAGUGAUACGUGGCGUUGAGGUAGACCUUUCGGAUCGUACAUACGAUGGCGAAGGUGAAGGUGAUCGGCUUGUUCACGGACUCGGCCAACUGGUGGACGGUCAGAAAGGUGCCGAUAAUUUUCGCAUCGAUAUACACGGGUUUGGCAAAGGAUACGACUGGGUCGGUUGGCGUAAUGACUCACUCGGAUGGGCCGGCAAACCGGUCGAGAUGGUGUUCGAGUUUGACUCGGUCCGUAACUUCAGCUCGAUGGUGCUGCACACUAACAACAUGUUCAGCAAGGACGUACAGGUGUUUGUCCAUGCAAAAGUGUUUUUCAGCAUCGGUGGUCAGCACUUUACCGGUGAGCCGGUGCAAUUUUCCUACAUGCCAGACACGGUGAUGGAAAAUGCGCGUGACGUCACGAUCAAGCUGCACCAUCGGGUCGGUCGGUACGUGCAGAUACAUCUCUACUUCGCAUUGCGCUGGAUCAUGCUGAGCGAAAUCUCCUUCACCUCAGCACCAGUAACGGGUAACUUUUCCGACGAAGAAGUGAACGGAAACUCCAUCUCGCAGGAAAAUUCCAUCGAGUAUCCACUGCAGCGCGACGAGUCCGGUAUCAACAUCGUCAACAAAGGCGAACGGAACCAUGUAACUCAAAUCAUCUCGCCGAAACCGAUCGACCAAGAACCGGAGCCCCACUUCAUCGGUGUCGUGAUAGCGGUCCUGACGACCAUCAUACUGCUGCUGAUCGUCAUCAUCAUGUUCAUCGUGGCCAAGAACAAGCGCACACGGACGGCGGCAGUGCUCGAUGCGCUUCAGCAUAAUUUGCAUACCGACAGUUUGGGCAUCGAUAAGCGUCUGAACAGCAAUUUCAAGGUAUCGAUAGACGAUAAUGAAUCGAUUGAUAAGAGCAGCCUCUAUCACGAACCGUUCAAUGUAAAUAUGUACACCAGUGCCGCCAGCGGAUGCUCGAUGAGCGACAUGCAGCGCCAUCACAUCACCCCGGACUACACAGAUGUUCCCGAUAUCGUGUGCCAGGAGUACGCCGUGCCACACAUGCAGGACCUCAUACCGAAGAUACCCGGCGGUUAUGUGAGCGUGCGGUUGACGCCACCAACGUUGAACAACAUCUUCCCGAAGCCACCGCCAGUGCCACCGCCGCCGGAGAAGUACUACGCUGCCACGGCCAUCUGCAAAUCGUCCACCACGCCAACGACACCAUCGAACCAGCAGCAGCAGAACCAGCAGCUGAACGCCUACAGCGAUCUGGAUCUUGGCGUGUCCGACGACGAUCUGCAGCUGAGCGAGUACCCGCGCGACAAGCUGGUGAUAGUGGAGAAGCUCGGCUGCGGUGCGUUCGGUGAGCUGCACCUGUGCGAGACGAAAGGAUACAGCUCCAACCUUGUUGCCGUUUCGACGCUGCGGCCAGGUGCAUCGGAUCACAUGAAGAAGGAGUUCCGCUCGAAGGCGAAGCAGCUUAGCCGACUGAAUGAUUCGAACAUUGUGAAGCUGCUCGGAGCCUGCCUGAAGGACGAACCGAUCUGCAUCGUGCUCGACUACAAGUUCAGCACCGACCUGAACCAGUUCCUGCAGGAGCACACGGCGGAAACAGGUUCGCUGGUCCAGCACAAUUCCUUGAGUUACGGGUGUUUAAUUUACAUCGCCACUCAAAUAGCAUCCGGAAUGAAAUACCUAGAGCAGAUGAAUGUAGUGCACCGUGACCUAGCGACAAGGAGUUGCUUAGUUGGACCACAGCUGGAGAUAAAAAUCUGUACACUAGGAACUGUGAUAAAUCGCAUAGCAUAUCCUGCAGACUACUGCCACCUUGAAGGUGCCGGAAGACAAUCACAACCAAUGCCGAUCCGGUGGAUGGCCUGGGAGAGCGUGCUAAUGGGCAAGUUCACGUCCAAGUCGGACGUCUGGUCGUUUGCCGUAACGCUGUGGGAAAUUUUAACCUUCGCCCGAGAGCAACCGUUCGAGAAUCUGAGCGACGACAAGGUGAUCGAAAACAUCGGCCAUAUGUAUCAGGACAACAAGAAACACAUUUUGCUUCCAAUUCCCGUCGGAUGUCCGCGAGAAAUCUACGAUCUGAUGUGCGAAUGCUGGCAGCGUAACGAGGCGAGCCGGCCAAACUUCCGCGAAAUCCAUCUGUUCCUGCAGCGGAAAAAUCUUGGCCCAACCGCACACCGUUCUAGCUGA